AUUUGCAAUAAAAACAAUCAUGCAACAAUAAAAUGUUUUUAUAAGAAUAACAACGGCUGUUUUAAAUGUGGACAAUCAAAUCAUCAAAUACGUGAUUGUCCUCAACAACAUUUUUUCGAAUAAAGGGAUCGGAUGAUGGCGACGAUCCCUGUGGAGCAAAAACGUCAUCAACCACAACAGCAUUUAAUCCUAUUUUUGUCAAAAUUUUAUGCAACAAUACUCCACAAACAGCACUUAUCGAUACCGGAUCGGCCAUCACUAUUAUACAUCAACACUUAUUAAAUGAUAUACCACAUGAAAAAUUAAUACCAAAAACAAUAAAUCAUUUAUCUGCCAAUUGCUCAACAUUAAAUAUUAUUGGUGAAAUACUCUUAGAAAUAAAUGUUAAUGGACUAAAAACAACAGUUAUUGCUGAUGUUACAACAAAUCUUGUUACGAAUUUAAUAUUAGGUAGUGAUUGGAUUCAAUCAAACAAUGUUUAUAUUCUUACACCUGAACAACGAAUUAUGAUCCGAAGUCGAGGUAAAGAAGUAUCAACUCCUUUUGUAAAACCACCUCUUUUAAAUUAUCCAGCUACUCUUAUUAAUCAUAUUACUCUUCCUCCUUUUUCAGAAAAAAUAGUAGAAGCACAAGUUCAACAUAACAAUAUGAUAGAUGUAUUAUUUGAACCAAAUCCUCGAUUAAAAAAUAAAGCAUUAUUUACUGCAGCUGCAUUAUUGAACAUUGAAAACAGAGGAAUAAAAAUUAGUAUAAUUAAUGCAACGAAUCGACAACAAACACUUUCCGAAGGAACCAAAUUAGGUAUAGUGACACAAUUAUCUUCUACAAUUGGUGUUACCAUACCAUCAAAUUAUUUGAUAGAACGCAUUCCGGAAGGAAAAGCGUGUAAAGAGCUCAUUCCAAAAGGGAAAGAAGCGAACAAAUCAAAUAAAUUAAAUUUUAACAACGUACCAACUAUAGCAUCACACGGAAAACAACAUCAAUGUCCAAAUAAAUUAACUGAACAUAUUAGCGAUGAUAAACAACGAGAACAAAUUUUAAAAAUUUUAUGGAAAUAUGGAAAAUUAUUUGACAUUAGUGAACCAUCAAAAAUUGAUAUAAUUUUAAAAAAUGCUAUUGAUACUGGUACACACCGUCCUGUUCAUAUUCCACCAUAUAGAAAAUCAAACAAAGAUCAAGAAACCUUAAGAAAAGAAACAGAUAAAUUAUUAAAAAAUGGAAUUAUUGAACACUCAACAUCACCAUGGUCUUCACCUGUCGUAUUAGUUAAAAAGAAGGAUGGUACAACAAGAUUUUGUGUUGAUCAUCGUCGUUUAAACCAAAUUACAACAAAAGAUGCUUUUCCUCUACCAAGAAUUGAUGAUAUUUACGACCAAUUAACAAAAGCAACAUAUUUUACAAAAUUUGAUUUUAAAGCUGGAUAUUUUCAAGUACCAUUAGACAAAUUAGAUCGACCAAAAACAGCAUUUUCAACUCGAGAUGGACAUUUUCAAUUUAAAGUAUUACCACAAGGUCUUACUAAUGGACCACCAACAUUUCAACGUAUUGUUAAUCAAAUAUUAGGUCCAAACAGAUGGAAACAUGUACUCGCCUAUAUCGAUGAUAUUAUUAUUUAUUCACAAAAUUUUAAUGAACAUUUAAAACAUAUCGAAGAAGUAUGUUUAUUAUUACAAGAAGCCAAUUUUAAAUUAAAUGUUGACAAAUGCGAAGUUGCAAGAGCAGAAAUAUUAUUUCUUGGACAUUUAAUUAAAGCAGGUACUAUUAAACCUGAUCCAGACAACAUCCGUGGUUUGACCGAAACACGUGAACCAACAUCAGCUGAAGAAGCAUUUAGAUUCGUCACAGCAGCAGAAUAUUACCGAAAAUUUAUUCCAAAAUUUUCCACCAUCGCUGCACCAUUACAUAAAUAUUCUCCAGCAACAGUACAACAACAGAAGAAUAACAAAAAAUUAAAAUUUGAAUUAUCUGCCGAAGCUAGAACAGCAUUCCACCAACUUAAGAAAAUCUUAACAACUGAUCUUAUUCUCGAUUUACCUGAUGAUACAUUAUUAUUUAAAUUACAAACUGAUGCUUCUGUAGAUGGAAUUGGUGCUGUUCUAUUACAAAUUACUUCCAAUGGUGAUCGACCAUUAGCAUAUAUGUCAAAGAAAUUAACAAGAACACAAAUUAAUUGGCCAACAAUUGAACAAGAAUGUUAUGCAAUAGUACAAGCAAUAGAAAAAUGGGACAAAUAUCUUCGUGGACACGAAUUUAUAUUAGAAACUGACCAUGAACCAUUAAUUCAUUUUGCAAACAAAGAACAAUUAAAUAAAAGAUGUGAACGAUGGCGAUUAAAAUUAGCUGAAUAUCGAUUUAAGGUGAAACAUAUUCAAGGUAAGAAAAAUCAUAUGGCAGAUUAUCUUUCAAGAUCACCAGUCGACAUAGCUGAAGAAGAUAUUGAAGAACGAACUCAGUAUGAAUCAACAUCAACACAAACAGAUUUAUCAUUUUCAUCAUUAAAUAAUAAUUUAACUCCAUUAAAAAUGACAACAGCAAUUACUAGAGCCCAAGCCAAAUUACAACAACAAGCAAUGGCAACACCAUCUAUUAAACUGCCAGAUGGAAAAAUUAAUGAGCUCAUCCCACAAGGGAAAGUAGCGACUGAUGAAGAACUGAUAAUCAAACCAUCAGAUGAAAAUCCAAAUAAGAUCAUCCCAUUUGAUAUGGAUGACUUAAGAAAAUGUCAAGAAGAAGAUAAAACAAUUCAAGAAAUAAAAAAGAAUAUUAAGAAUAAAAAACAUUAUUUUAUUGAAGAUGGAAUAUUAUUUAAAAAACAACAACUACCACUUCUAUCUGUACCAUAUGUUCCAGCAGGACGAAUACGUGGUGAUAUAUUAAAAAUUUAUUAUGAUACACCUGCUAAUGGAGCUCAUUUUGGACGUGACAAAACAAUAAGAAAAAUUCAAGAACGUUAUUAUUGGCCAACAAUGAUAGCGGAUAUUAGAAAUCAUUUAGAUUCAUGUUUACCAUGUGCACAAAAUAAUUAUCGUCGUCAAAAAUUACCAGGAAAAUUAAAACCAAUACCACCACCAGAAGGAAUAUGGAAAUUAUUAAGUAUGGAUUUUCAUGGUCCAAUUACUCCAACAUCAAAAAUAGGAAACAGAUACAUCAUAUCUCUUACAGAUGUUUUAUCAAAAUUUGUUAUUACAAGGGCGGUUCGAGAUUGUUCAGCAGCAACAGCAGCUAAAUUUCUUAUUAAUGAUGUUAUAUUAAAAUAUGGCACUCCAACAUGUAUAUUAACUGAUAAUGGUACUCAUUUUACUUCUCAAGUUAUGAACAAAUUAUUUGAAAAUAUUGGAGUCACUCAUCUCUAUUCUACAGUAUAUCAUCCACAGACAAAUGGACAAAUUGAACGAUUCAAUGCAACUAUGGAUGGAAAAAUUGCCGCUUUAUAUAAUGAACGACGUACAGACUGGGAUGAAGUAUUACAAUUUGUUACAUUUAAUUAUAAUACAUCAAUACAUGCAACAACAAAACAAACAUCAUUCGAAAUGAUGCAUGGAAGACAAGUUAUACUUCCAUUUGAUCAACAAAAAGAAAUUAUUUCGCUCACACAAGAUCCAGAGCAUAGUGAAAAAAUUAGAAUAUAUCUCGAAAAAUUAGUAAAUGAAGCUCGAAACAAUAUUAUAAAAAAUCAACAACAAUAUAAAGCUCGAUAUGAUUUACAUAGACAAGAUUUAUUAUUAAAAAUUAAUGAUUUAGUUUUAGUAAAAACAAGAAAUGUUAGAAAUAAAUUUGAUAUACGAUAUGAAGGUCCAUUUAAAAUUAUUGAACAAUUAGGACCUAAAACAUUCAUUAUUCAACAUGUUAAAAAAUUAACAUUAACAAGACAAGUGACAAUGGAUCGUUUUCAAGGUUUACCAUCAACAGAUAUUAUCUAUUAUUUAUUAUUCCAAAAUGAAAUAAAUGAUAAACAAUAUUUAUCUAAACUAAUUAAAUUAAUGAAAAAAUUGAUGGAAAUGGAAACCGACAAUGUUCUUGUUUACAAAAAAGAUGAUAAAAUUAAAUUAAAAUUAUCCUCGUGA